AGUGCUGCUGCUGGGAGAAGGGAGGAAUGGGGCAUGGGAGGGUGGUGGUUGUGGUUGAGCGUGGGAGGCUCUUGUAGAGUAAUGACUUGAUGAUAUAGACAGAGCGGGGAUGGGGGUGCUUGCGGUGAUGGUGGUUGUCUCGUGUCGGAGGGUGCGGGGGUUGGCAUUUGAAGCCGGGUAGGCUUCGGACUGCUGUUUCGACUCCGGCUGCCACCGCUAGUGCCGCAGGCUUGCUUGUACCAACAGUUGGUUGGGUUCGCCUUACUUAUCAUUCAUUGUUGCGCUGUUCAGGUGUGGCCCUAGCGUGUGUUUAAAAGGGGGUAAUAAGGCUCUGAAGGGUGUGGCAUCCCUUUGGCAUGCCAGCACCCUACCACCGCCGGGGUUAGGUGGUGUAGGUGGGGAUUAGCCGCCCGCUCUAGCAUGGGGGUUUUUGUGCCCCGUUCCAAGACACGCCGGCACAACAGGACAAUCCUGUUUGCAUGGUGGAUCGCACGGUGACGCAGGUUGCCACAGCAUGUGGAGGCAUGGCUGGGGGCUACUCCCAUGGCAACUAGGGUUUUCCUGAGGUCAGUGCGCGACGGCGGAUCCCAGCAGGGAUGCACAGCCUCCUGGAGGGACGACUGGACUGCCCAUCCGUCCUGGUGUAGGAGAGCCGCAAGCCUUGCUGUGCCCAUUUGCUUUUUGGUGCUGCUUUCUGGCGUGUCGGAGGUCUCCUCAUGGGGACGUUUUUUGCCAGCAGGAAGUGCGUUAUUGGCUGCGUUUAUGAAUGCGUUAUGCAACUAACACCUCAUGCCGCUGAUUACCACCCUUGUUUUGUAUACUAAACAAGAGUGUAAUACCGAUAAGCAUGACGUUGUGGUAAGUGUAAAAGUAAGAAGUGACUAGCCGUUUGGCAUACUAAAUAAGGGUGGUAAUAAGUAUAACGUUGUGGCAAGUGAAAAGGUAACGAGUGACUACCGGUAGUCUUUUGGCACAUGGCUAGGAAGCCUGCAAAGGCGGUUAGCUGUAUGAGACGAGCCGCACAAGGCAGGACUUAUCAUUUCCUGUGAUCAUCGGCAUAAGUGGCUGGGCAUGCCCCAUCUUCUUAAAUGUACGGGCUAUUGGGACGAGCUAUCGAGUACCGUAUCGACAAAGCGCAAGGGUGACUUGGCGCACACUUCACCUGACUUUUCGUAUCUUGCUGACCCUGCACCUUCCGUUUCAUUGAAGAGCCUCCAGCAUGCUAGCCCUCCAGCGCAACCGGUGUGCAACAUUCGCUGGCCAUACAGGCGUGCCUCGUUCACGCUUGUCAGUUAUACGUUCCGCAGCUCUUGGCAAUUCUAUCUCUACACGACCGCUCGUGCUUCAUGCGGGUGAGACGACCCUCUCGGUGCCCCUCACCUCCGAUGAAGCGCAGCAGCUGCAGGCCGCCUUCCAGCAGCUAUUCCAGACAUUCGCUGAGAAGCAAAAAGCGCAGAGGCCCAAGCGCUGGGACAUGAUGGAAUGGCGCCAUGUGACCGACCAAGUGGGCAUGGAGGUGUUCUGCAACCCCAACGCGCACAGCACCGCCUUUGACGCCAAGCUGCUGAUCACUGUGUGGAGUCAGCAGCAGGGGGGGCUGCGGGUGACUACGGAGGCGCGACUCAGCGCUGUGACCAGCGACUUAGACAACUACCUGCAGGGAUAGGAGAGGAUGAAAGGGGGUUGCAGUGGAGGGGCCCCAGCCGGGGCGGGGACAGGAGUGGCCAGGGAUGGGGGCAAAGGGGCAUGGGGAUGGGGGCAGGCGUAGGGGCAACCAUGAAGAGGACGAGGUUUGGCUGGGGGCGUGUAGUGCCUUGGAAGCCGAUGUAUCAUACGUUCUUUGUACCGGAUUGUAUUGCCAAUGUUUGAUGGUGUCUGGGUUUUGCGAACCGCUUGAUGUGUGGGGACCAGUUAGGACGUUGGGGGGCAGGAAUACCGUAUGAUCUGGGCUGCGGCCGUGUGCCUGCUCAGGGCGAUAGCAUCCUAAGGCUCUGUUGCCAUUCAUCCCAUUACUGAUUCGUUUGUUGUUAGCGCCUGCUAGGCGGCGUUUUGGACAAGUCACGUGUCCGCAAAGUAUGACGCGUGAGAGGAAGGUUACGAAGGCUUACGAAGGUUUUGUCGUUUAGGAAGAUCGCACAACCGCUAGAGCUGCCGUACACGCCUGGAGCCGUACCCGUACGACGGCAUGACCCAUAUAGCCAUGUUGCUAUUUCAGGCAACCGCAGGACUGUAACAGUCGUGCUUGAG